AUGAUGAUUUAUUAUGAAAACCAGAAGGAGAAAAAACACAUGCUGAAACUCCACGGUCCUCCUACCAGCGACAAAGAAGACGAGGGUCUUGGAGCUCAAGACGGGAUCUCUAGAUGCCUUGAAGGGGACCAAGACGAGUCCCUCAAAUGGGACCCUGGAGGACUUGACCUGCUUCCAGAUCUUUUGGGCGUCGAGAACGGAGGGGGUCGGCUGGGGCCGCCGGAGGUGGUGCGGUUGAUUCGUGGGAUGCUCUUGCAGACGACCAUGCAACGAUGUCCGAUCUCAUCGUCAAAGAGGCCGAGAAUCUGGGGAUCGGCUUCAAAAAUUCAAAAGGUCCCUCUCUCAUUCCCCUCUUCCCAUCUCUUCUCUUGA